AAGAAAAGUAUAAAACGUGAAAGCAUGAAGAUGAUGACACCUUCACUUGUAUCCCUUGUUAUACUGAUCAUAUUUGCCUCAGUUGUUGAGCAGACCAGAGCAAGUAUCUGCGUCGAUAACCUAGGCCACUGCAACGAUUGUGACCAAAGAUGUAAGGCCAAACACGGUGCAUCGGGUAUAAGCAGAUGUGACGGUCCGGUUGGAAUGUCGUUGUGCACUUGCAGUUACGAGUGUCCAAAGUUUUGCAGGAUUGGGCUUGGCAAUUGCGGUGAAAGUUGUAAUGACCAAUGUUGUGAUGCAAAAUGCGCACAAAGUUACAAUAGUGGACAUGGAAUUUGUGACACCCAUAAUGAAAUUAGUCUGUGCCAAUGCAAGUACCCUUGUAGCGAUCCUAAAACAAGACUAUAA